CACAGGACGUGGAAGGCAUUGUUGACACGCGUUAGCGUUACCGUCGUUACUUCUGUACAUUUUGUAUUUACAGAGAUAAGGUUAUUUUUGUUCGAGAAUCAUUUUCAAUCGAGAAUCUUUCAGGAGUUGGGGAUUUAAGCGAAGAAAGCUAACUGUGUAUUACCUUCAAGUGUUUGUGCAACUUUCAAGCUGGGGCACUUCCAUACUGAAGAAUUUAUAGCAGUUUUACAGCCACCAACGUGAAAGACUCGAAAGACCGUCUUCAGUGAUGUCGCAGGCCACCAAACGCAAGCAUGUUAUGAAGGAGGUGUUGGGCAACCUUGUCACCCCAACCGAAAGUCAGCAGAUCGUUAGGGUUUUAGGCAGCCCGGGGAAUAACCUCCAUGAGGUAGUGACAGCUCAGGGUGACCGCUUCCUGGUCAGCAUGCCCACCAAAUUUCGCAAGAACAUCUGGAUCAAGAGAGGUGAUUUUGUGAUCGUGGACCCCAUCGCAGAAGGAGAGAAAGUGAAAGCGGAGAUCAGCUUCAUCCUCUACAAGGACCACAUUCGCCAGCUACAGGCAACAGGCAUCUGGCCAGAUGGGUUCUCAGAGGACUCAGCCCUGGAGGAGAGGGGAGCGCAGCACACACAGGAAAACAGAAGAGGAGAGGAAGAGGAGGAUGGAGGGAUGUCUGAUUCAGACGAGGACGACGGCGACCUUUUUGUCAACACAAACCGUGUAAACUACCACUACAGUGAGAAUGAGGAAGAAACCGAGGAAGAAGAUGAUGAUGAUGAUGAUGAUGAGGAGGAGGAGGAGGAGGGGGAGAAUGGGGAAGAAGAGGAGGACAGUAGAGAGAAGGACAUUGUGGGAGGGCAGGACUAAGCCCUGCCCCCAGGAAUGACCCC